AUGGGCAACAUAUGCGGUAAAUCAGACGGCGAGAACUUCUCACAGCCGGGCCGAGUUCUGGGCUCAGCUCCGCCACAGCCGCAACGCGCAUCCAUCCCGGCCAAGGUCACCGGGCCCCCUCGGACCGUCGGCGGGGGUGAUGCAAACGCAGCGGGAGCGUCGCAGAACAACAACGCCGAAGACGCCCGGAGACGAGCCGCAGAGGCCGCAGAGGCGAGGGCGAACGCGGCGUCGUCUAAAUCUACGGGGAAGCUUGGGUCACAGCUGGCCGCGCAGAAGAAGCAGACCAGGAACGGCACGCUUCAGGAGAUCAGCAAUAACGAGAGGAGGCAGCGAGAUGCCGACGAGGCCGCUGAGACGAGAGUGCAUAGUUGA